AUGCAUGAUUUAUACUCAGCUUCUGCCUGCUCCAAGCUGGCUUCCUGGUUCCUGCAGCACAAGGACACCGAGGGAUUGGAGAAGCUUGGAGGCCCUGAGGGCCUGGCCAAGGCUCUGAGAACAGACCUGGAUGAAGGUCUCAACCCUGAAGCAACAGAUGACACCGCCAUCCAGCGGCGAAGGCAGCUGUUUGGGGCCAACAAGUUUCCACAGGUCCCCCUGAAGUCCUUCUUUGCGCUGCUAUGGGGCAACCUCUCCGACAAAAUCCUCAUCCUGUUGAUGGUUGCGGCCACGAUAUCGACCGUCCUAGGAGCUGCAUUGCCUGAGGAGAGAGCGCAGAGCGGCUGGACUGAGGGAGUAGCUAUUUGGGUUGCCGUCAUAGUUGUGAGCCUUGUUGCCACGGGGAAUGAUUACCAGAAGGACCUGCAGUUCCGCAAGAUCAACUCGCAGAAGAACAGCAUCGAGGUGGCCGUGGUGCGCGGGGGCACGCAGACCAUGGCCAAGAACACAGACAUCGUCGUGGGAGACAUCAUGCUGCUCAACACCGGCGACAAGAUCAUCGCCGAUGGCAUAGUCACAGACUCCCACGGCCUCGUCAUCGACGAAGCUUCCCUCACUGGCGAGUCCGACCCCAUGCACAAAGGCGACAAGGACCGCUGGUGCCGCUCCGGCACACAGGUGACUGAGGGCAGCGGGAAGAUGCUGGUGGUGGCGGUGGGCACUGAGAGCGAGUGGGGCCGCACCAUGGCGCUGGUGGCCACCGAGGCAUCGCCCACCCCCCUGCAGGAUUCCCUGGGCGUCCUGGCCACUGCCAUCGGAAAGAUCGGUCUCACCGUCGGUGUUGUCUGCUUCGUCGUCCUCUUUGUCAGGUGGCUCGUCCAGAACAAGGGCUUCCCUGUCGACCAGAUCAGCGAGGGUCCCCUGGCCUUCUUCAUCUUUGGUGUCACCAUCGUGGUCGUGGCUGUGCCUGAAGGCUUGCCGCUGGCUGUCACCAUCUCCCUGGCAUACAGCAUGAAGAAGAUGAUGAAGGACAACAACUUUGUGAGGGUGCUGGCUGCUUGUGAGACCAUGGGCGGCGCGACUGCCAUCUGCUCUGACAAGACAGGCACGCUGACGGAGAACCGCAUGACCGUGGUAGCUGGCUGGUUUGCUGGCAAGAUCUGGCCUUCCCCUCCGCCCCUGGAGGAGCUCCCGGAGACCCUCCAAGCAGACAUCAAGAUGAAUUCAGCCCUCAACUCCAAGGCAUUUCUGAUUGAGCAUGAUGAGAAUGCGGUGGAGUUUGCCGGCAACCGCACGGAGUGCGCGCUGCUGAUGCUGCUGCGCGGCUGGGGCAUCAAGUACGACGCCAUUCGCGCCGAGCACAAGAGCAACAUCUUCCACGUCUACAAUUUCACCUCAGAGCGCAAAAUGGCCUCCAUGAUCGUGCGCACACCCGAGGGCCUGCGCCUCUACAACAAGGGCGCGGCGGAGAUAGUGCUGCGGCGUUGCGUGAGCGUGAUGGAUCCCAGCGGCAACGUGGUCCCACUGGAGGACGCGAUGCGCGCCGUGCUGGAGGAGACUGUGACGACCAUGGCAUCAACCGGGCUGCGCACGCUCUGCCUCACCAAGCGCGACAUCGACGAGUCACUCGCUGACGGCCAGCCUGAGUUCUGGGAGAACCCGCCUGAUGACAACCUCACCCUCUGCUGCAUCGUCGGUAUCAAGGACCCGGUGCGCAAGGAGGUGCCGGGGGCGGUGGCGACGUGUCAGCGCGCAGGCAUCAUGGUGCGCAUGGUGACUGGGGACAACAUCCACACCGCCAAGCACAUCGCGCGCGAGUGCGGCAUUCUUACUGACGGCGGCACGGCGAUGGAGGGGCCCGUCUUCCGCUCCAUGCCCGAAGAGGACCUCAUCCCCAUGGUGGAGAUCGUGCAGGUGCUGGCGCGGAGUUCGCCGCAGGACAAAUAUGUGCUGGUGAAGCUGCUGAAGAAGCUGGGCGAGAUCGUGGCGGUGACGGGCGACGGCACCAACGACGCCCCCGCCCUCAAGGAGUCCGAUGUGGGCCUUGCCAUGGGCAUUGCCGGCACGGAGGUGGCGAAGGAGGCGGCAGACAUCGUGAUCUUGGACGACAAUUUCUCGUCCAUCGUUAAGUCGGUGCUGUGGGGCCGCUCCGUGUUCGGCAACAUCCGCAAGUUCCUGCAAUUCCAGCUCACUGUCAACUUUGUGGCGCUUGUCGUGGCCUUCAUCGCCGCCAUCACCAGCGGAGAAACGCCCCUCAACGUGCUCCAGCUGCUGUGGGUCAACCUCAUCAUGGACGCCCUAGGCGCUCUCGCGCUGGCGACGGAGCCGCCGACGCCGGGGCUGCUGCUGGAGAAGCCGCACGGGCGCGACGAGCAGCUGAUCAGCCCCAAGAUGUGGAAGCACAUCCUGGCCCAGGGCUUCUACCAGCUCUUCUGGCUCUUCCUCAUCUUCUACGGCGCCCCCGCUGACCACCAAUACAAGGAGCGCCAUUCGUACGACCUCAGGAAAACCAACUCCAUCGUCUUCAAUGCCUUUAUCUUCAUGCAGCUUGUCAACCAAAUCAAUGCCAGGAAGAUCAACGACGAGCUGAACGUGUUCAAAGGCAUCUUCCACGCGCCCAUGUUCCUGUACAUCUACGCCAUUGAAAUCAUCCUUCAGGUCAUCAUCAUGGUGACGCCCAUCAACAGAUUCUUCCGGGUGUCAACCCAGAACUGGCAGGAGUGGCUCUUCGCCAUCGCCCUUGGAGCAGGGGCACUCCCUGUCGCCCUCCUCACCAAGCUGCUCACACGAGCAUUUGCCCCGAUGGGCUCGUGGCUCAUGCAGAGGCCCACGGCGGUCGCUGCAAAGCACAGCCUCGGUCGCCGCCGGAGACACCUGCAGGGCGCCAAGUGGUGCCCCUGCAUGAAGCCCCCUCCGAUCCGCCUUGACAGGGCAAGCCACGAGGAGAUCAAACCUGCCCCCACCACGGCCUGAACGGCCCUUCCCCCCUGUGGGACGAGGCGGGCCUGCCGCGAGUGACGUUCCGGCGGCCGGGGCGGCGUGGCAGCACGGGGCUGGCCUCGCAAUACAGCCUGGAGCGCAGCCGCACGCUCAAGGCGGCGCCCAGCAAGGGCGGCAAGCGCGUUAGCAGCGGCCCCUCCGGCAUGUACACCGAGCACAUCCACUGGGCGCGCACCAUGUCGAAGCAGCCCGCCUCCGCUGCCGGCACCGGGGCCGGCCGCGCACAGGCGGAGGCCAAGCAGCCCACCUCGCCCACAGCAGACACCUACCCCAUCCUCAGCUGGACCGCCUGAGGCUGCUGAUGCUUGGGUGCUGGCUCGGGACACUCUCUUGCCGGAGCAUUAUUGAUUGCAGAACUGAGAUGCGCAAGAGGCAGGGGCUGAGCUUGGCAGACGGGUUGUUUAGGGCAAUUCUCAGAAGGAUGCAGAAGUAGCUGCAUGACACAGCAGCCAUUACGCAUGCUUGAUUGAUCGUUAUAGAAUUUACAAUGCUGCCCUGUCCUUCACCGGGCAAGAAGUCAUCCAAAUAUAGUGCUGCGUUUGCUGGGCUUGUCUUCCAAACGUGGCAGCUUUUGGCGAAAAGUCCUUGGAAUUUGUUUUUUCAUCCUGCUCUUAAUCAAAUGCUCAUGGGUGUGUCUUUUCCGCCCCAGGGAGAGGGAAUUAAGCCUGACUCUCAGGGCGGCAGCAUUCUGCCUGGCGCAGUGUCUCUCAAGGUCAACAACCUACCAGUAUUGGGAAGUGUGUGGGAUGGUCAAGUGCUGUGGUCUGUCAGGUUCUGCUGGCGGAAUCUUGAAGUCUUGUCUGCAGUGAAGACCCAUGGAAGUUUGCAGGGCCGCUGCCCGUGGCUGCUGGCUCCUGGUGCAUUGCUGAAGUAGGCGAGGAAGAGGGACACAGUGUGUGUUUAUUUCUUAUUGCUGAAGUGAUUAACCUUCUACAUGAUCAUGAAGGCAUUCGUACUCUUGUGAGAGGCAACAACCUUAGGAUUGUGGCAUUAUUGUUGCACAGAUGUCUGCUGUCUUUUGCUGCGCUAUUGCCCCACCAAGUAUCUUAUAACAGAAGUAUGCACAGGAUUGUAAUUAAUUGAUGAAUUGAUC